AUGUUGGUGCUUCUCCUGUUGCUAUACCAUUUCAUCGCUAGCACUGUAGUUAGUGCCAGCCCCAACGGCACUCAUUACUCCUAUCACGAGCUGUGGAUAUUGCAGACCUAUUUCUGGCAGAACUUCCUCUAUCCCACUAACCGGGGUCAUAUCGACGCCAACGACUCCUCUAUCUUCGCAGCCGAUGUCCAAGGCCGUGUUCACGCAACUCGCACCUUCGACGGUCGGGAACUCAACAACGAGUAUAUCUUCGGUCUCUUUUCUCAGCCUGACCACCCCGGAAUCUUCGGGCCUCCUAUCGCGUACAACAUCACCCAGUUCGCGGCCACCGACAACACCGCUGCAGCCACCACCCUCAUCACCUUCAACAUCACCACCUUCCAGCUGGUGGUCCCCGCCGUGAUUGACACCUGGUUCCAGUACGACUCCUCCGGCAAGAUCACUCAGUAUGACGCCGUCUUCCGCUGGCUGGAUUAUCUCUUCGUUCCUCUCAUGCAGGCAGCGAGAAAAAUGUUCCAUCUGAACGAUUCAGUCCAGAUUCAGAAUAGAGUAGCUGCUUUGCUUGCAGACACCAUCUGCCAGACACAUCAGGAUCACUGUCAGGGAGCAAACCAGCAGUACGCUUCUAAGGAGGAUUGUGUUGUGUUCCUGACCCAGAGAGUCCGCUUCGGCUUGCCGUACGAGAUGGGCCGGAACACCUUGCUGUGUCGCGAAGUGCACGACAACAUGGUACGAUUCAACCCGCCCGUACAUUGUCCUCAUAUUGGGCCCAGUGGUGGCGGGUAUUGUGUCGACGACAUGACCUACCAGCAGGUGGUGCUGGAGAAAUACUUCCGACACUCGUGGGUGCCAUACGGAUAUGCGGAUCACAACCCCUGGGUCGCUGUAGGGGCACAAUGA